UGAUUUGUUAGAGAGCCGCACUGCUGCCUCUAUAAAUAUAACGCGAUAAAGACUCGUCCUCUCCCAAUGUCCGUCCCCCGUUCGUCUGCAACGUCCGAUCUGACUCUCUCGACGCCGCCCGCGCGCCUAAUCGAGACGAGUCAAGAAAGUAAGAGGGUUCUGGCGGCGAGCAGCGGAGGAUGAGGGCCCGGAGAAGGCGGCCGGAGCCAUGAAAGCGGCGAUCGUAGCCGGAGAUAGUGGAUCAUGAGGAAAGCGCUCUCACCAAUGCCUAGAUCGUGAUGUUUUCUUGCCACUGCUAUCGAAAUGGUCCCGUGUCUUGGUUGAGAUCUCGAUGUCAUAGUGGGUGAUAACUAUGCGCUCCGAGGAAGGUGGUCACCAUUACGUCGCAAUAAGAAGGGCGGAGGAGGGCUCUUGAGGGAGGAGUGGUGGAAUCGCCGCCUGGUUCGAUCGAAGCACCAGGCCCGGAAAUGGUCCGCCGGGAGGGAAUCACGGGAUCAUCUCAAUUUGAUACCAGCACGACGAGGGAUUCCAGUUCUAAUGUUUCCUACCAGGCAAAAAAUAAUCUGACUUGUAGAAAGACAAUUAGAUCCCACUCAAUGGAUCAUAUAACCAAAGAAAAUAAUGCGCCGGCAUAGGGGUAGGAUUGUCUUACUAUAUUUUGUUGGAACCGCUGAGAUUUGAGACUUUAGAGAAUUGAAGGAAGCUUUGCACAUUUGAGAGCUCCAUGUCGAUGGACGGAGUCGUCGCCUUCCCCUUUCAUUAUUCGCCAUCACCAUCUCGCUUCGCUUCUUCUCGUUCUCAAAUAAAAUAGCGAGGCAUUCUCUAGCCUCUCUCAGAUCCACCUCUCUUCCCCAUCUCCCGAAGCCUUAACCCUGGUCCCAAUUCUCCACCCGCCCCUUCUCUGUCUGCGAGUUCCAAGAACAGAUCGGAUCGGCCGGGAUCCAUCCGAGGAUCGACGAUCCUUCUGCGUCGAUCUCCGCAUCUCGGCGUAGGUCCGCCGAUCUCCUCGCCGUCACUCGCCGGAUCCCCGCAGGAGGAGCAGCGACCGAGAAGAAGCGGAGGAGAUGAGCUCAAAGGCGGCCUUGUCGACGGCGCUGGCGAACGGCCGGUUCUUCACCGUCGGGCUCGUCGCUUCAUGGUACUCCUCCAACAUCGGGGUGCUCCUCCUCAACAAGUACCUGCUGAGCAACUACGGGUUCAAGUACCCCAUCUUCCUCACCAUGUGCCACAUGACGGCCUGCUCCCUCCUGAGCUACGCCGCCAUCGCGUGGCUCAAGCUCGUGCCGAUGCAGUCCGUCCGGUCCCGCGUCCAGUUCCUCAAGAUCUCCGCACUCAGCCUCGUGUUCUGCGCGUCGGUGGUCAGCGGGAACAUCUCGCUCCGCUACCUCCCCGUCUCGUUCAACCAGGCCGUUGGCGCCACCACACCCUUCUUCACCGCCGUGUUUGCUUACCUCAUGACACUCCGGCGGGAGUCGUGGAUCACGUACAUCACCCUCAUACCUGUCGUCACGGGUGUUAUUAUUGCCAGCGGGGGGGAGCCAAGUUUUCAUUUGUUUGGUUUUAUUAUGUGCAUUGGUGCCACUGCUGCUAGGGCACUCAAGUCAGUGUUGCAAGGAAUUUUGAUGGCUUCUGAAGGGGAAAAGCUUAACUCUAUGAAUCUCCUCCUAUAUAUGGCUCCAAUAGCAGUAAUUUUUCUCCUUCCUGCAACAAUUAUAAUGGAGGAGAAUGUGGUUGGAAUAACACUGGCACUUGCUAGAGAAGACUUCAAGAUUAUUUGGUACCUCCUGUUUAAUUCUUCGUUGGCAUAUUUUGUGAACCUGACCAAUUUCCUGGUCACAAAACAUACCAGUGCUUUGACCCUUCAGGUUCUUGGAAAUGCGAAAGGGGCAGUGGCUGUCGUCAUCUCAAUUAUGAUAUUCAGGAACCCAGUGUCCUUUACAGGGAUGGCUGGCUACACGCUUACAAUCAUUGGUGUCGUCCUUUACAGUGAAUCUAAAAAGCGCAACAAAUAAGGUGUUUCGAGGGGGCAGGACGAUAGUUGUGCUCCUCAUGAUCCGGUGGCAAAUGCCUUCAUUGGGGUUGGGAUGUUACCCCACCCUGUUCUUUUACUGUAAACCUCGAUGGAUCCUCCUCUGUAUCAGUAUAGUGAUAGAGGAUGAGCAUGUUUGCAAUAAGUAUAGAUGGCGUUUAUGCCUUUACAAAAAAAGGUAUAUAGGAAGCAAUCUUUGCCCCUUUUGUUUUCAAACAUAUUUAUAGGCAAAGGGUUGUAACUGUUUUUGUUUUAUAUUAAUGCAACAAUACAUUACUCAAAAUUAUGUGACAAUAGUUGUUUUUGCUGAA